UUCUAUAAACCCUAUCUAUAAACCAAAAGUAAAGAAAUAAAGCACAAACUCUACGUUUUGACAAUGUGUUGUAAUAUAAGUGAAUGUAAGAACGCGACAAAAUCUUUCUUUUAAUAUUUUAAUAAUUUAAAUUUUAUAAAUUUCACUCUCAUUUUUUUUUUUUUUUUUUACUGAACACGCAACAUUCCGGUAGUGAAUGCGAUGUACAUCGAAAAACGAAACUAGAGAUAACCCUUAAUCGGAAAUACCCACAGCACGGUCACGUGACUUUUGAAUUCCCUCGCUUGGUUUAAACUCCUCAGUGGUCUUCGACUAAGUAUUCGUACUGGACAUAUCUCUGAACCCUUCACCCUGUCUUCACUGAAAGGCUGAUAACUUGAAACCUUCCGACAAGAACGUGAGUUGUCUAUUCGUAUUUUGUUUUUAUUUAACAUCUCAAGGCGUUCGCCCACCUGUCCAAUUAUCCGAGUGCGUGAGUAUUGCUACAAACACGUGACUUGGUAUAGUGUAGCAUUUGUAGUUAAAGAAUAUUAUGAUUUAGCUAAUCUGUGUUUGUGUUGAAAGACUUCAGUUUUUUCAUUAUUUACUGGUGCUAAAAAUGAUCGCAAACAACAACAUUCGUGACACACGAUCCUAGGAAGUUCGCGAAUGUAAAGGGUCGCUACUCUGCAAAAGAAUGCUUCGAAUUUUCGUGCUUACUUCCCUUACUAGUAGCUGGGGAUCGACAUCGAGUAACCGCGGUAAAAGGAAAAAAUAUUGUGAUCCAAUUGCUUUUGUGGUUCUAUAUGAGUACAAUAUUGCAGUACCUUACCAAAGUUAAAAAAUUAUGUCUGCCAGAAAAUAUACAAGAACGAAGACACAAAGUAUUCGGGUAUGUUGUUCCUAAACUCUUCCUCAUUUUCCAAAAAGGGUUCUAAAAGAUAAAGUUACAAAGAAAUGAGAGAAGCUCUUUUGCUGUAUGCUUUAUUGUCCUAUAGUAUAAUUUGUUUUAGUCUGGCAUUUUUAAGCGGGUUCUCAUAGGAAGUGGCAAAAGUCUGACAAUUUUCUUGCUUCCCUGCUUUCAUUGACAACUACUUAAGAAGAAUUUUAGUCCAUUAAGCAGUUUGACUUUGUAAACAUUUAAAACAAAGCAGAAUAACUCUUGUAGUAUUUGUAAAAAAAAAAAAAAAGCUAGACAAAUUUAGUUUCUUAACUAUUACUAAAUUUUUUUCAUUUUACGGAGCCAGGAUGAAAUCGUAAUUUUUGAAAAGGAUUAAUACAGUUCCCUCAAGUAGAUUACUACUAAUUACAUUUUAAAUAUUAUUUGUUACAACUUUAUCUUAUAUAUAUAUUGUGUUUGCCUGUGUGUGUUGCGUCUAUGAACUUUAGGGUAUGUGUAAGUACUGAGAUUAUUUUAGAAUGCUACUUUGUGCCUGGAUAUAUCUAUCUAUAUAUAAAUAGGGAGUUACAUUUUGAUUUCUUUCCUAUAACAAUAAUAAAGAAAUCCAGACUAUUUCUGUCUUCCACUCACUGAUAGUACUCAAGGCAACUGCCGAGAUAUCUAAUGACAAAGGCGAGCCUGUGAAUUGAAAAUAGAGUCUUUUAUAAGCUGAUUCGUGUACUUCUUUCACGAAAUUUAAUUGCAAGAGAGCAAAAGAUAUCAAUGGCUUAAGAAGAAUCAAAUAGUUGAAGUUUCUGUAUUUAUGUGAAGAGAGACUUUCUACACAAAGCUAGUUUCACUCUGGAAUAUUUUAUUGCAGACAGUAAUUUGGACAAGAAUUUCUGUUGACUUAUUUUGUCUUCUUUAUUCAUGUGACCCCAUGGCACAACACCAUGUUAAGGACUAUCCUUGUUUUUGUAUCAUUGUCGCCCCGAUCCACAACAGAUCAUCGCUUCAGUCCUCAUCCCGGACCGGCCAGUCAUCGGGCUUGUCAGACAGGACAUGGUAAAGGUUGUGUCAGAAUGUCUGCUGCCGAUAUCUGACACUGUGUGAGUGGGAGAGAGAGAGUGAAACAAAGAGAUUGUGUGUUUGUGUUAUUAUUUUACUCACUCCCUUAUCAAUUUAUUCCAUAUUCAUGGCCUGUUAGUGUAAAGGAUGGAGAGCCAGAUUACGUGUUUGCAUUCCGCGCUAUACGAGCAUCACGAGUUUUAUUUUUAUCUUUGAUGAUAUCGGGUGUCUUUACUGCAAUAGCUCAAUAUACACCCACCACUUUUAAUAUUACUUAUAUCUUCGAUUUCGUUUCAGAUGCUGAAGUACUAAGCCUACCUGCUGUAGGAGAAAGUAGGGGGCGGCCCUUCCUUUUCAUCCCUUAAACACGUGAGGUGGUCGGGACGUCAGCGUGGUGUCGGGUGUCUGGGGUGGGUACACGUACCAUCAGAGGGCAGACCUACGAGAUUGGAGGUCCAACGGUGGAUGGUACUUGUGGAUGGUACUGGUACCCCAGACACCCGACCCCACGCUGAUGUCCCGACCACCUCACAUGUUUGAAGGAUGGAAUGGAGGGGCCGCCCCCAACCUUCUCUGACAGCAGAUCUGCAUUCCAAAAUGGCCACACCAUGUUCUCAGCCAAAGGAAACAGAAUGUCCAGUGUGCAUGGAUUACUUCACAAAACCAAAGAUUUUACCUUGUGGUCAUCUUCUGUGCCAAGGGUGCGUUAUUCAGUGGAUGGACUCAAACCCACCAGCGGGUUGCCCGACAUGUAGAUAUCCUAUCACAGAGCCUCAGGAGAAUUUACAUCAAAACUCAGCUGUUGUUGCCAAUGCCUUACCUACAGACUAUGUAAUGAAGGCGCUGGUGGAGUGCUCCGUGGUGUUGUCAAAGCCACGCAUUUGUUGUGCGUGUGAUGGGGUGAAGGCUGUUUCCAUCUGCAUGCAGUGCCAGGAUAUGAUGUGUUCAUCGUGUGCGGAGAUACACAAGAAGAUGUCCAUCAGCCGCAGUCACGAUGUGGAGAGUCUCAGCACUGUGACACCUGAACGUCUGGCUUACAGCUGCCCCGCACUGUGUGCUGACCAUGGUGACCAGCAAUUUCUCUAUUGCGUCCAACAUAACCUCGCUCUCUGCCCGUCUUGUAAUAUACUACAGCACACAGAAUGCACAGAGUUAAAAAAUCUUCAAGACCAGGUGAAAUCAGCUGCCCGUUACCUAAAUGAUGUAAUCAAUGCCAUUUCCGAAGCAGAGCAUAAACUGGAGCAAGCUAUCGAUCAUGUGGACUCCAAUCUCCAGAAAGUAAAUGUCGAUGAAGAAGAAGACAUGGCCCAGCUGGACACAAUAUUUGACCACCUGACAAACGUGAUGGAGGUUUGUCGUAACAAACUAAAGGACAGGACUUGUGGUGAACAUUCCAGAGUCAAAUCCUCACUAAGGGACAAUAAAACCAUUUUAGAAAGUCGUCUGGGGAUACUGAAGUCUCACACACAUUUAGCGACUCGUGCCAGACAGGUGGCAGUAGGUCCUGUGCUGAUAGCCGCAAGCAAGGCUCUGACACACAGGGUCAACAGCCUUGACCUUACCGUGAACCUGAAUGAACACCUGGUUGAAAGUCCGGUGCCCACUGCAGUGAGGUGUAAAGAGGUGAUCAUGGGGAUAGAAGAAGAACUACAAAUGUUGGGAGACCAGAUGUCAAAGCCCCUGAGCAUAGCCAGUUCUACACUUGACAUUGGUCUCAUGGCACCACGCGAUCAGCCAAGCAGUAGUUACCACACUAGAGCAACCAGACCUGCUUUAUUGUUGCAAAACACCUCUGGCCCUGUGGAAGCUACUCCUGCCAUGUUACAACAUCCAGCCAGCCACGAUGACCACAUCAGUGACAGUAGCGGUGACCGGGAGCGGAGGACUCGGCCAUUUCGUAUACGUUCUGGUCAGAGGGCGAGCAUCACCGGCGGGCCUUUCAGAGGGAGCACAGGUACUGUCACCUACACGAGAAAGCGCAAAGCUAAAGUGCAGAUGGACAAUUCAGGGACAACGAUCACUGUUUGCAAGGUUUGACGGACAAGUCGUACCUAACUGCUGAGAGACAUGUUCACUGUUCAGUUCAGCUUGUGACCAACUGCCCGUGUUGAAGAGUCUUCACAAGCCUGCGAGUUGUGUGAGAUGAUCUGUCAUUUAGCGACAAUUAAUAGUUCGGUGAAAGCAAAUCACAUCCAAAAUGUUAUGUCAGAUAAUUUUAUUGCAAGUUAGGGACGAGGUAAUUAUUUUUAAUAUUCCUGCAAGCGAUACUUUGCAAUUUAGUUAUAAAUCGCUCACAUUUCAUUGGAAAAUAGUUGAUGACAAAACGCGUAAACUAAAUGAUGAAAGUACAAUGUAUUAUGGGUGACAAAAAUAUAGAAACUUCCUUUGUAUAAUCGGCUAACAGACGAUUAUAUCUUAAAGCAUGAUUAUCUAAGCUUAAAUGUGAAUGUACAAAGCCCUUAAGGGGAGGGCAAGACGAGAAUUAUAUGAAGGUUAGUAUGUUAGGUGUACAAUCUUGUGAUUAACUCUUUUGUUCUGUGGUUUUUCAUUGUUGCUUUUGUAACUGUUUUUCUGUUGGAACUAAGUGAGAGUAGACUGUUUUUUGACACUCAUUCGUUACACAAUGGACAAGGUCCAAGUCUUUUUUUGAACUCACAAGUCUUCAGGGUGAGAAGUUUAACACUUUUUGAUGGGAUGUAACUUAUGUAGAUAAUGUCUGCAGCUUUGGGGAAUAGACCUACAUCAAUGGUUGGCUGUAAGAAAACAACCGGAAGAACUCAAUGCUGCUCUCUUUGCUAAUCUCAAGGACUUCUAUCGGUUUUUUAAAAUAUUUUUUAAGCAAUACAUUUUUAUGAUUUCUACUAUCGCCUACUAACAGGUUUUAUUUGUUCAAUACUCAGUAUUCACAGCCUUAACGAUCGAGUUAUCAAUAUCGUUUAUAUAUUUUUGUAAGUUAAACCAGAUAUUUGUAUAUUCAAGAUUGCUCUUUAUUUUGUGUCAUGAAAUAUAUUAUAUAAUAGUUAACCAUUGGCCAGACGUACAACUCACUGUAACUCGCUUUUGCAAAAAGUAUCUUUCUGUCCAGAAAUACAAGCAUGUCAAAAA